AUGAAAACACCAGCAAAAGACAUUAUACCAGAGAGUGAAGAGGAAAGGCUUAGACAGAAAUGCAAGGAGUUGAGGAAACGUAUUUUUGAAGUAGAAGAGACCAAUGAGAUUGCCACCAUCGCAUUGAGUAGGACUCAAGCAUCAAUUCGUCGAUUGAGGUUGGAACACGCAAUUCUCCUUGAAAGAUUAGAAGACAGAGCCAAACAUAUACCCAAUGGAAUCAACAAUUUUGAAGAGAUGGCCCAGCCUCCAACGCCUAAUGUUUUAGACGACACACUUGUCAAGUCCAUUAAGAAUGGCGGAAGCAGGAGGUCGAUGCGAAAACUCAUUCUCAAAACACUGGCUAGCGGUGGUAUUGGUGGCAGCGGAACUGGAUCUGGCAGUGGUUUGGGAGCAUUGGGGAACGGCCAUCUAAUAGAAACUAAAAAGCCUCGUGAUCCUGAUUUGCCUAAACGUCCAUCGAAUGCAUAUUUGGUAUUUUGUGAACAGGAGAAGGAGAGAUUGAAGCUGGAUGAUCCGGAAUCCAAGGAUUUGUCAAGAACAAUGACCGAGGCGUGGAAAAGUUUAAGCGAAGAAGAAAGAAGGCCAUAUUAUAAGUUAUACGAGGAUGAUAGGGUAAGAUAUCAGCGCGAAAUGGACGAAUAUAACCGGAAAAAGGAGCAAAAAAACCAAAUUAAGAACCAGAGUCAGGAUCAAAAUGCGAAUGGUGAACAAGCAUCGAAACGGCAGAAGACAGAAAAAUUGGAUAAUGAAAAGGCCGAAACAGAAACAGAGGGUGAAGUUGACGGUGAAGGAAAAAUAGAAGAAGCAGAGGAAGAAGAGGCAGAAGCAGAAGAAGCAGAGGAAGAAGAGGCAGAAGCAGAAGAAGCAGAGGAAGAACCAGAGGCAGAAGCAGAAGAAGCAGAGGAAGAAGAGGAAGAACAAGCAGUCGACGGUGAAGGAGAAGAAGACGAGGAGGAAGGAGAAGGAGAAACAGAAGCAGAAGCCAACCAACCAGAAGAUGAUAUAAAGCUGGAUGCUGUGGAAAAAGAAGAAAAAGCAGAGGAAGAAGCAGAAAUCGAUACACCAGAAGAUGAAGUAAAGCUGGAUGUGAUGGAAGCAGAAGCAGAAUCAGACCAAGUAGCAGAUGGUAUAGAGCUGAAAACAGUGGAAAAAACAGCGGUAGAUGAUAAAAUAGAAGAAGACCCAGUAGAUGAUGCACAGGAUAAGGAAUCUUGA